CGGAGCGGGGAGGGUGCCGGACUGUACCACCCAGAGUCCGAGAGCUGCUGGGACGGGGGACCUGGCUGCCUCCGGCAGGAGCGCGAAGGGGAAGCGCUGAUGGCUCCCUUGGGAAUCGCCACGACCCCCGGCGCUUUGGGCAGCUCGGAUGGCUACCGGCUGUCUCCUAUCUUGGAGGCGGGCUCCGCCCUGGCUUCUUCCAGUGGAGGAACGACGCCAUCUCCUACAAACAAUGCUGGGAAUGGACACCCAGAAUAUGUUGCAAUUGUGUUAGUUCCAGUUUUCUUCAUCAUGGGACUUGUAGGAGUCUUUAUUUGCCAUCUGCUUAAGAAGAAGGGUUAUCGGUGUACAACAGAAGCUGAACAAGAUAUUGCAGAAAAGGUUGAAAAGAUAGAAUUGAAUGACAGCGUAUAUGAGAAUAGUGAUACUGUUGGGCAAAUUGUCCAUUACAUCAUGAAAAAUGAAGCAAAUGCUGAUGUUUUAAAGGCCAUGGUGGCUGAUAACAGCGUAUGUGAUCCUGAAAGCCCUUUGACUCCGAGUACUCCGGGCAGCCCUCCAGUGAGUCCUGGCCCCAUGUCACCAGGAGGUACUCCAGGAAAGCAUAUGUGCGGCCACCAUCUACAUACUGUUGGAGGGGCAGUAGAAAAAGACGUAUGCCAGCGCUGCAGACAUAAACGGUGGCACUUCAUAAAACCAAGCAACAAAUCAAAAGAAGGAAGAAGUCGGCGCCAAGGAGAAGUGACAGUUCUUUCUGUUGGCAGGUUUAGAGUUACAAAAGUGGAACAUAAGACCAAUGCCAAGGAACGGAGAAGUCUGAUGUCUGUGAGCGGUGCAGAAAGUGUCAAUGGAGAGGUACCUGUUACCCCUGUGAAAAGGGAACGAAGUGGCACAGAAUAAGAGGAGGAGUUUUAUUUGAAGAACUUUUUUAAAAGAGACCGAAAACUUAGGAGAUAUGCGAAGCCAAUUACCCAAGGAAAUAUUUUCUUAAAUCUUUUGUGCCAUUUCUGCCCUGGGUGUGUGUCUAAGAUUCUAAAAUGGAACACCGUUGCUAUACUAGAUGCCAGGUUCCGUGUGUCAGCUCGAUAACUGGUUUUGCCCCUUAUGCCUUAUGGAAAGUUUAUUAAUUUUCAAGAAAGGCAAGAUUUGGUAGUAUUUUAACUUGAUAGCCUCUUCCUUUGCCCUUGUGUAUAUAACUCAAGUUUUCUCAUUUCAGUAAUGUAUAUGUACAGUGGGAAUAUUAAUGUACAGUUUGAGAUUGUGCUUUUUUUCUCUGUGUCUCUUUGUUAACUCCACCCCAUUUUCUCCUCUUUUAUUUUUUGUCUGUCGGGGAAGGGGCAGUGGGCAUCACCAGUCUCAUUGUCACAGAAGUGAUUGGCAGUAAUGUCAGCAUGCUUCUCUCCCACCUUCAUCAUAAUCACGUUUCAUCCCUAGAUUACCAGUGACUUCCUUUUAGCAGUGACUUAAAUUUGACAACAAUCCCAUUUUCAUGAUUAAAAAUGGACUUCAAGCCCAUCGAACAAAAUGUUAUUGUUUUGACAGCUCAAGGCCCAGACAAGCCUCCAAUGUAAGAUGAGGGACUGUAACUUCUUCCAAGCUUUUUUCAUGGUGUAGGUGAUGGCCAUUAGGUGAUGAUAAAUAUUCACAUGAUGCUGCUUAUAAAGCCUUGCAAGUGUGUUCAUAGCAGGCAAAGGCAGACAGUCUGGGAGGAGCAGCGAUGGAAUGAGCCAGACAAAACCUGUCAUUACUUUGAGUUUUGCUAUUUAGACUGAGUGUUUCCAGAUCUCUAUCACCCUCCUUAAAAUAAUUUAAAAAGAAGAAACAAAUCUACCAUCAGCUUCCCAAAAGAACACCUCUGUGUCAAUGGGCUUUUAAGUAUUACUGUAAAUAUAUCUAGCCAUAAAGUUAAGAUUUUACCAAUCUUUCAGAUGACUGGUAGAUUUAAUUUUGCCUCAAUUUUUUUUUCGUCUUAUUUUCAAGGCAGUAUGGUGCAAUGCUUAGAGAGCUGGCCUUGGCCUCAGGAGGAGCUGGUUCAAAUUUCACCUCUUAUACAUACUGGCUGUGUGAUCAGAAGAGAGUCACUUUAUCUCUCAGCGCUCCCAGUAAUUCUCUUAAGGCUAUAAAUGGCAGAAAAAUAUAGAUCUGCACUGAUGGAGGAAAUUUCCUCACUGGGAGCUGAAAUCUCAGGUCCAGUCCAAAAUUUGUCAAUUUUCUAACAAAUCUGAAAGAUAAGUCUGCAUGUGGGUAUAUAUUGGAUACAUAAUCUAAGAGGAUUUAAUUGUGGAAAUAAACCUCCCUGAGUUCCAGAAAAUCUUGAUAUAGGAUUUUUUUUUUGAGAGUGUAAAUAUUUUUUAUUAGGCUGAGAUUUUAAAGUCUUAGUUUUUGUUAAGUUAAAAAUCAUUAUUAAUUAUUAAUGAUUUAAAAUAUUACAUUCCAGUAUGGAGAAGAAUCACAAUGUAAGGCAUUUCAAAAGCUUUAAUAAUUUUAUUCAGGUCUAAGAACUUUUUAGCAACACAGUGGGCAAGAAAAUACACUGAUAUCUAAAACUAUAUUAAAAUGGAAAGCACAUUUUUGAGGUAUUUUCUAAAAUGAGCAGUUUUGGUUUGGUUAUCUUAUAGUUAUGCCAAAAGUUAUGCACCCCAUACAUCAAUCAUGUGAACAUUUUUGUUGGUUUCUUGUGUCCGAUGAUAAUUCUUAAGUGUUUCCGAAGCAGAGGAUGUUUACAAGAGCUUCUAUUUCCUUCCUUUUGAGGGGGAGGAAUUCCCAAUGCAAGCUUAUAGAAUGACACUAACUAUUGUUAUCUUGUGUAAAAUUUGUAAAGGUAAUUUUGCAUCAUUUUGUGUGUCAAAUAUAUUUUUAACUGUACGGUUUGUACUUUAAGACUUUUGUACUACCAAAGCAGAGUUAAAAAUAAAAGGAUAAUUAAACAGUC